AUGGCACUCCUCCUCGCCGCCACCCUCGCCGCCGUCCUGGCCACCGUCCUCUUCUUCCAGCACUUUCUCUACUUGCUCUUCCGCCAACGCACCUCCCCCCUGCGCAACCUCCCCGGCCCGCCCCCGCCGUCCUUCCUCAUCGGGAACCUCGAGGAGAUGCACGACCAAGAGAACACAAACCUCAUCGCCCGCUGGGAGGCGCAGUACGGGUCCACCUUUGUCUACCGAGGUUUCGUCGGUGCGUGUCGUCUCAUGACGACAGACCCCGUCGCCAUUGCCCACAUCCUCGGCAACGCCUAUGAUUACCCGAAGCCGGACUUCGUUAGAGACUCUCUCGCCGCCAUGGCCGCUGGGCACGAGGGCAUACUCACCGUCGAGGGCGACGAUCACAAGCGCCAGCGAAAGAUCUUGACGCCCGCCUUCUCAGCGAGCCAUAUAAAGUCGCUCACUCCCAUUUUCUGGGACAAAGCGACGCAGCUGCGCGAUAUUCUGCUGUCGCAUGCUGACGCCCACGCCAACGGCGCUGAUGCAACCACCACUCCAACGACUCCUAACAACUCAAACACGCGUCAAGGAAACCCACCGCGAAUAGACGUCCUCGUCUGGCUGGCCCGGGCAACGCUCGACGUAAUUGGCCUCGCGGGCUUCGGGUACUCCUUCAACGCGCUCACAGACGACACGGACGAGCUCGCGCACGCGUUCGGCGUCAUCUUCUCCAGCGCGCGCAAGUUUCGCAUCGUCCCCAUCAUCCAGGCGUGGUUUCCCUUCCUCCGGCGAUUCAACCCGAUUAACGCGACUAUGGUCGAGGCAAAAGCGACGAUGCGCCGUAUCGGACUGGCUCUGAUCGACGAGAAACGGCGCGCGAUUGAGGAAGAGGAGGCGGCAGCGCGUGCGCGAGGCCUGAGUGAGAAAUCCCCAUGCUCGCCGACGCUGGAGGAGGCGAUGGCGUCGCGGACGGCGGGGCGGGAUAUCCUGAGUGUCUUGAUUCGCUCGAACAUGUCCUCCGUCCCAUCGCAGCGCAUGUCUGUCGAGGAGGUGCUCUGCCAGAUCUCGACGUUCCUCGCGGCGGGGCACGAGACGAUCGCGUCGUCGCUCACGUGGUGCCUCUACGCGCUCGCCCGCGAUCCGCAGGUGCAAGCCCGGCUACGCGAGGCGCUACGUGGCGUCGCGGCCUCCUCCAGGUCCUCCUCGCACUCCCAUUCUUCCCCAUAUUCUCCCUUGUACCCCUCCUCACCCUACUCUCCGACCUCACCAGCACCCCCAAUAGCAAACGACGACGCACAAGACCUCACCUCUCUCAUCUCGCAAUGUACGUACCUCGACUGGGUUGUACGCGAGAGCCUGCGGCUGUACGCGCCCGUGACGACGACGAUGCGCAUGUGCGGCCGCGAGCGCGACGAGGUGCCGCUCAGCGUUGCGGGCGAGGGAUAUGUGGAUAAGAGCGGGGAGCGUCGAUGGAGCGUGCCCGUGCGCAGGGGCGAUUUGGUCGCGAUUCCGAUCCAGGCGGUGAAUAGGAGCGAGCGGCUCUGGGGGGCGGAUGCAGGUGUCUUCAGACCGGAGCGCUGGGCGUCUCCUCCCCAAGAUGCACGGGCGAUUCCAGGACUGUAUUCGAAUACGUUGACGUUCCUGAACGGCAACCCCCUCGGCGGUAAUAGGUCGUGCAUUGGAUACAAGUUCGCACUCAUCGAGAUUAAAAUCUUCCUCUAUGUCCUCAUAAAGGAUAUCGAGUUCACCAUCGACCCCGCGAUGGUUAUCGAAAAGAAAGUUAAUGUGGUCACGCGGCCGUUCGUCAAAUCAGAACCACAUCUCGGGAACCAGAUGCCUCUCAACAUUUCACGGGCUUCACACUCGGGUUCGGAGAGGGGCCGUGAGGGGUUCGCUUUUUCAUCUCCCACAAUAUCCCCAGUACCUCGAGUCCCCCCAGCCCCAGAGCCGUAG